AUGGGUAUCCAGCAGCGACGGAAAUGGUACUAUCUGCAAUGGUUCUCCGACGAAGAUACCAAGGAAGAGCGACGCCUUCUUCUCAAGCUGGACUCGUUGAUUGUUCCGUAUGCGUUUAUCUCUUACUGGACGAAGUACCUCGACCAAGCGAAUCUCAAUAGUGCACAUGUCUCGGGUCUUGAAGCAGACUUGAACCUCAAGGGAAAUGACCUCGUUCAUCUGCAGACGCUAUACACUGUUGGCGCAGUGGUCGGCCAAAUACCCUUCAUAUACCUCUUCAGCAAGUUCCGCAUCAACUGGAUUAUCCCCUUCUUGGAUCUUGCAUGGGGAAUAUUUACCCUUCUGCAAUACCGAGCAACCUCCUAUGCUGAGAUAGCUGCCUAUCGAUUCUUAGUGGGUUGGUUUGAGGCUGCUUAUUUUCCGGGGAUGCAUCACAUAUUCGGCGCUUGGUAUAGGGGCGAUGAGAUAGGCCGGCGAGGCGGCAUCUUCUACGUCGGACUCACCUUGGGUACGAUGACUGCCAGUCUCAUUCAAGCCGGAACAACCGACCGACUCGACGGUGUCAAUGGCCUGGCCGGGUGGCGAUGGAUGUACAUUGUCUGUGCCAUCAUCACGCUCCCGGUCGCUAUUGCUGGGUUCUUCAUCCUCCCUGGAACCCCAGAUAAGCCGAACAAGCUCAUUAUAAAAGCCAAGGACAUUGCCCUCGCGAAAGAGAGACUACGACGCUCCAAUCACGCGUUCAAAGAAGAGGCUUUAAGCUGGCGUGUUGUGCUCAACGUCGGCCGCAAGUGGAAGUUCUGGGCCCUACUGUGGUUGGACAUCUUCUUCUGGAACGCCUCUAUCAACACUACAGCCGGAGGCUACCAGUUAUGGCUGAAGAGCUUGGAUAGGUUCUCGACGGGCCGACUGAAUGAACUCGCCGCCCUCUCCCCGGGCCUCGGGAUAUUCUAUGUUCUCCUCAUUUGUUUCGCAUCGGACCUCUUCCUGGGACCUGCAUGGGCAAUCACGGCUUCUCAUACUUGGAACAUCAUUGGGUGCAUUAUCCUGGUAAUCUGGAACGUCCCCGAGUCCGCCCUCUGGUUUGCGUUUAGCACGACUUAUUCUGCUGUGGCCAUGUCGAGUGUUCUGUACGGCUGGGUGAAUACCCAACUCCGAGGCUCGCCUGUGGAGCGUUCUUUCACGCUUGUUGUGAUUAAUCUCAUCUCUCAAUCAACAACUGUCUGGACCCCGCUGCUUGUAUUCAAGACAGUGGAGGCGCCGCGCUUUACUAAAGGGUACUCCUUCGUGAUGGCGAAUGCGAUUUGUUUGAUUGUCCUUGCGCAUAUUGUACAGCAUUUCAUUUCGAGGGAAGAAAAUAGCAUUGCGAGAGUUGAUAGCAUCUCCGGAUCGGACAGCUUGGAGAUAGAUCAUCCGGAUUCGGAGGCCGGACUGCAGGAGGGUGUUGUGCAUACCAAAGGGCUUGACGUAGCGGAAGCUUAG